AUGGCGACUGUGGAACCGGAAACCACCUCUACUCCUAAUCCCCCACGUGCAGAAGAGGAGAAAACAGAAUCUAAUCAGGAGGUUGGAAACCCAGAACACUAUAUUAAACAUCCUCUACAGAACAGAUGGGCGCUCUGGUUUUUUAAAAAUGAUAAAAGCAAAACUUGGCAAGCAAACCCGCCGCUGAUCUCUAAGUUUGAUACUGUUGAAGACUUUUGGGCUCUGCAUAACCAUAUCCGAUUGUCUAGUAAUUUAAUGCCUGGCUGUGACUACUCACUUUUUAAGGAUGGUUUUGAGCCUAUGUGGGAAGAUGAGAAAAACAAACAGGGAGGACGAUGGCUAAUUUCAUUGAACAAACAGCAGAGACGAAGUGACCUCGAUAGCUUUUGGCUAGAGACACUGCUGUGCCUUACUGGAGAAUCUUUUGAUGACUACAGUAAUGAUGUAUGUGGAGCUGUUCUUAAUGUUAGAGCUAAAGGUGAUAAGAUAGCAAUAUGGACUGCUGAAUGUGAAAACAAAGAAGCUGUUACACAUAUAGGGAGGGUAUAUAAGGAAAGGUUAGGACUUCCUCCAAAGAUAGUGAUUGGUUAUCAGUCCCAUGCAGACACAGCUACUAAGAGCGGCUCCACCACUAAAAAUAGGUUUGUUGUUUAAGAAGACACCUUCUGAGUAUUCUCAUAGGAGACUGCGUCAAGCAAUCGAGAUUUGGGAGCUGAACCAAAGCCUCUUCAAAAGCAGAGUGGACUGCAUUUAAAUUUGAUUUCCAUCUAAAUGUUGCUAAGAUAUAAGAGAAGUUUCAUUCGCCUUUGUCUUGUACUUCUGUGUUCAUAUAUAUAUAUAUUUUUAAUUUUGGCUAGAGUGUCCACUAUCCCAAUCAAAGAAUUACAGUACACAUUGUCCCCAGAAUCCAUAAAUGUGUUCCUGGCCCAC